AAUUAAUACGUUUUUUUAACAAGACUAAAUGGCCUUUCGUUUUGGGAGGAACCCUCUUGUCUCAACUGUUCACUCUCCGACACGAUUCCGGAAGUCGUCGACAAGAGUCCCAGCAACAACGCGACCAAACUUUAUUAUUCCUACAACACGAGUACAGCGCUGUUAGCAAGAUGGCGCCCAGGGUGAACGACGUCAUGCGUCUGUGCUGCGACCUCUCUGCUCACGAGCACAUCAAGGUGGCGGUCAAAAGCUCGGCCAAAGGAGCCUUGAUGGCGGGCGGCAGCGCCUUCGUCGGAGGCCUGGUGGGCGGACCGCCCGGCAUCGCUGUUGGGGGCGUCGUGGGCAGCCUGCUGGCCGGCUGGCUGUCCAGCGGUCAGUUCCGUCCGCUCCCACAGAUCCUGGCCGAGCUCCCGCCGGCGCAGCAGCGCAAACUGUGCGAGGACGUGAGCGCGGUGCUGGCCGGUCUGAACUGGACGGACGCGGCCCAGCUGGUGGCCUUGGUGAUGGGCAACGCCACGUUGCAGCAGCAGGUGGUCACCGCCCUGCUCAACUACGUCACCAAGGAGCUCCGAGGCGAGGUGCGCUACAGAGACUGACGCGCCGCCUUCCAAACGACCACUUGCAUCAAAUUGGACUUAUUUUGUCGAAAGCAACCUCGCGUUUUGAUUGAUCUUUACACUUUCUAAUCAGCUCUGCUUGUUUAUUGUGCACACUUGUCAUUUUAAUAAAACACUAGAAUUAC